CUUUGUUAAGGUCACGACCUUGACCCAAUAUUGUUUAAAAUAGGAAAGAGUAGCUCAUGUAAAACAUGUCAGGUAAGGCUAAAAGUCCGCUUGGAGGUCUUCGAAUACAAAACCAGUCUUUGCUGCAAAAACUGAGGCAGGGUCAAGUUGAUGUGAAGAGGAUUUUGGGUGAUUCUUCCCGCACAGGUUCAGGAUGCAGUAUGCCAAUAACCCCAAACAGAAGCCUUCAUAGAAACUUCAGAACCCCUAGAAAGUCGAGAAUGUCAAGGAGCUCGGAAAGAAAAGCCCUGAGCAACAGAAUAAAUAUCAAAAAUGUAUCUACACCAUAUUCACCCAUUGUAAAGAGAGGGACCCCAGGAUCACAAGAAAAACGUAACGUCAGUUUUGCUCGCAAUGUCCACGUCAAGGAUACUUCUGGACAUGGUUGGCGAAGCGUUAAAACUCCCAGGCGGUCAGCCAUGACUUCCUUGUUGGACACCCCAAAGUCCAUCUUGAAAAAGAGGAAACUUAUCGAUGAAAAUAUUCCAGUGAGUUCAAAGUUUCGGCAUGAGCCAGACUGGGAGAGGAAGGCAAAGAGGAAACGUUCCUCGUUGAAUUUUUCAUACAGUGAAGUUGACCAGUCUCCACACCUGGGAGCCGAGUUCACAAAGUCUUUGUUCAGCCCGACUAGUCCCAGGCCUAGGAAAAUAGCAGUUAGAACACCCCAGAGAUACAACUUACGCGAGACUCCCUCCAGAGUGAGUACACGACUUGAGUCUCAUGAAAAAGACUUGCAGACAGAGUCUCCCCCUAUACAAAUGUCACCCAUCAGACCUCUACGCCAUCCAAUAGAGGCUGUGAGAAGGGAAUUACCAAGGCCUGUCAGUACACAGUUAGAAGUCCCUGGAAAUGAGAGAAAGGGGUCGGAUGUUUAUAACACAGACAAGAGACCCAAGUCUGUACUAAUCUCUGCGGGGCCCAAAGAACAGAGCUUUGGUAAACUCAGUGUUCGGAAAGGCAGGGAAACCAAGAGCAGAGUUCUUGAAGACAGCGUACAACAAGAUCAUGGAAGGCCAUUACUCGGCUAUGAUUGGAUAGCUGGUCUCCUUGACAACAACCAAUCAGUGACUGAGAUGCCCGAUGCUUACUUUGAACAGUUGAAAGAAUUUCGAAGAGUGAACAAAGCGGAGUGUGUCAGCAGAGCCUUUCCAAGUUAUUCAGAUGAUGAUUUCCAACGUCCGGAGGCUUUAACUCCUGAACUCAAAUAUCCAGAUCACACAUGCAUUCACACUUACACAAUUAACGAGCGUCUGUACCCUGUCCCUGUGAACGAGGCCGAGGAUGGGCAGAGCGUGUGUCCAAUAUGUAACAACCUCAGGAGGAAACCCACCACAGAAUCUCCAGGAUAUGUCAGGGUCAGCUUUCCAAGGUCCACUCUCCAAACGCCCUAUAAACUUCGGCCACACAGGAGGAAAAGUUUCGACCCCUCUGACUCUUACGCUUUGUCACAGCAUUGCCUGGCGGGCUGGGACAGCUCCAGACCCAGUGUCCAGCCACCUCCCUCUAACCUGGACCUCAGGGGGAUGACUGACGGACUGAAGGCCCAACUAACAGCUACUCUGCCAGAAACACAGAAAAUAAUCUCCGAGGAGAAACGAGCACUGGAGGAGAGACUAAACAGGCUCCGCCCACUGCACAUGGUCACCAGAGGGAGACAGCGUCAGUUGACAGACGACCUCCUCAACGUUUCCCACAGCCUCAUGUUUGAACUUCAAAACUUGGAAAGGGAGCGUCUUGGAGCCAAGCGGAACCCUGCCAUUGCCUCCUCUUAUAUACAGUGAUAGCCCGGAUGAUGAAAGUUUUAUAUACAACAAAAAACACCUUAACAAAAAACUGCUUGCAAUUUGAGAAGAAACUGAUCUCUCAAUUUGAAAGAUAAUAAACCAAGAAAUAUGGAAGAAGAGAUUAUUUUUUUGUUUUGGGAAAUGCUUUUUCAAGGUUUCUCCAACCCACGUCAUUUGAAGGUUACUAGUACAAGUAUUAAGCAUUAAAACAAAUAUAUGAGGUGAUAAAACAUUUUCACCUCUCAGUUUUGAUUGUAAGGGAUAGAGGGGAGGGGGUUGAAAAUUAAUAGCACUGCAGGCGUGAGCUUUUUCCAUGGAAUACCACAAUUACAAGAUUUUCAAUUAAAUUUUAAUGGGGUCCAACAUGGCUUAGAUCCCCAGCUGAUAGUGUUUGGUCCCACACUAAUUGUUUUUAUUGAUUUAUUUAUUUUAACCGAGAUUCAUGUCUAGUAAUGAAA